AUGAUCAACAAGCGUAUAAACCAACGGCGAGGCAAGAUGACUGAUUCUCGAAACGGGAACAUGUCAAGCGAGAAGCAAGCCAAGGAGCAAGCGGAGAUCGAUAGGGAGUGGUUCCAUGAACGGUUCAAGAACCACGGCAAGCAUGGAUUACAAGCCGAAGAGAUCGAAACGUUGAACUUGCACAGAUAUGGCCAUCAUCGUUACAGGGAGCAGAAGAGCUACGAUAUCAGCUUUGGGCCUGUGCUUGCAAUCAUGAUUGGGGUAUCAACUUUGGCAGGGAUGGGGGUCUACAUGAGCUGA